AUGGCUCAGCGGACAGAGAAUGUGAGCCUAGGCCGUCAGAGUUACAUCCCAGAGGCCUACCAGCUGAGCCACCACAGGGAGCCAGCUCUUACACAACCUGAUGAUGUGCUGCAGUCUGAUGAUGCCCUGCAGUCUGAUGAUGUGCUGCUGUCUGAUGAUUCUGAUGAUGCCCUGCAGUCUGAUAAUGUGCUGCAGUCUGAUAAUGUGCUGCAGUCUGAUGAUGUGCUGCAGUCUGAUGAUGCCCUGCAGUCUGAUGAUGCCCUGCAGUCUGAUAAUGUGCUGCAGUCUGAUGAUGUGCUGCAGUCUGAUGAUGCCCUGCAGUCUGAUGAUGCGCUGCAGUCUGAUGAUGCCCUGCAGUCUGAUAAUGUGCUGCAGUCUGAUGAUGCCCUGCAGUCUGAUAAUGAUGAUGUGCUGCAGUCUGAUGAUGCGCUGCAGUCUGAUGAUGCCCUGCAGUCUGAUAAUGUGCUGCAGUCUGAUGAUGUGCUGCAGUCUGAUGAUGCCCUGCAGUCUGAUGAUGCGCUGCAGUCUGAUAAUGUGCUGCAGUCUGAUGAUGCACUGCAGUCUGAUAAUGUGCUGCAGUCUGAUGAUGCCCUGCAGUCUGAUGAUGCCCUGCAGUCUGAUGAUGCCCUGCAGUCUGAUAAUGUGCUGCAGUCUGAUGAUGUGCUGCAGUCUGAUGAUGCCCUGCAGUCUGAUGAUGCGCUGCAGUCUGAUGAUGCCCUGCAGUCUGAUAAUGUGCUGCAGUCUGAUGAUGCCCUGCAGUCUGAUAAUGUGCUGCAGUCUGAUAAUGUGCUGCAGUCUGAUGAUGUGCUGCAGUCUGAUGAUGCCCUGCAGUCUGAUGAUGUGCUGCAGUCUGAUGAUGCGCUGCAGUCUGAUGAUGCCCUGCAGUCUGAUAAUGUGCUGCAGUCUGAUGAUGUGCUGCAGUCUGAUGAUGCCCUGCAGUCUGAUGAUGCGCUGCAGUCUGAUAAUGUGCUGCAGUCUGAUGAUGCACUGCAGUCUGAUAAUGUGCUGCAGUCUGAUGAUGCCCUGCAGUCUGAUGAUGCGCUGCAGUCUGAUGAUGUGCUGCAGUCUGAAGAUGUGCUGCAGUCUGAUGAUGCACUACAGUCUGAUGAUGCACUACAGUUUGAUGAUGUGCUGCAGUCUGAUGAUGCACUACAGUCUGAUGAUGUGCUGCAGUCUGAUGAUGCCCUGCAGUCUGAUGAUGCGCUGCAGUCUGAUAAUGUGCUGCAGUCUGAUGAUGCACUACAGUCUGAUGAUGUGCUGCAGUCUGAUGAUGCCCUGCAGUCUGAUGAUGCGCUGCAGUCUGAUGAUGUGCUGCAGUCUGAUGAUGUGCUGCAGUCUGAAGAUGUGCUGCAGUCUGAUGAUGCACUACAGUCUGAUGAUGCACUACAGUUUGAUGAUGUGCUGCAGUCUGAUGAUGCCCUGCAGUCUGAUGAUGCGCUGCAGUCUGAUGAUGUGCUGCAGUCUGAAGAUGUGCUGCAGUCUGAUGAUGCACUACAGUCUGAUGAUGCACUACAGUUUGAUGAUGUGCUGCAGUCUGAUGAUGCACUACAGUCUGAUGAUGUGCUGCAGUCUGAUGAUGCCCUGCAGUCUGAUGAUGCGCUGCAGUCUGAUAAUGUGCUGCAGUCUGAUGAUGCACUACAGUCUGAUGAUGUGCUGCAGUCUGAUGAUGCCCUGCAGUCUGAUGAUGCGCUGCAGUCUGAUAAUGUGCUGCAGUCUGAAGAUGUGCUGCAGUCUGAUGAUGCACUACAGUCUGAUGAUGCACUACAGUUUGAUGAUGUGCUGCAGUCUGAUGAUGCACUAAAGUCUGAUGAUUCUGAUGAUGUGCUGCAGUCUGAUGAUGCGCUGCUGUCUGAUGAUGCGCUGCAGUCUGAUGAUGCGCUGCAGUCUGAUGAUGCGCUGCUGUCUGAUGAUGCGCUGCAGUCUGAUUAUGUGCUGCAGUCUGAUAAUGUGCUGCAGUCUGAUGAUGUGCUGCAGUCUGAUGAUGCACUACAGUCUGGUGAUGCACUACAGUCUGAUGAUGUGCUGCAGUCUGAUGAUGCACUACAGUCUGGUGAUGCACUACAGUCUGAUGAUGCGCUGCAGUCUGAUGAUGCCCUGCAGUCUGAUGAUGCGCUGCAGUCUGAUGAUGUGCUGCAGUCUGAUGAUGUGCUGCAGUCUGAUGAUGCACUACAGUCUGAUGAUGUGCUGCAGUCUGAUGAUGCACUACAGUCUGGUGAUGCACUACAGUCUGAUGAUGUGCUGCAGUCU